AGAUCUUUCUCCCCCUUAAUAACUCCCUCCACACACCCGGGCCCCAGCAGCGCUUUCGCGGCCGCGAUCCCGGAUGUGAGGUGGCCGCGGCGGUGCCUGGCGGAAAAGAGAAACAUCUCGGUUACCUACCCCGGCGCCGGCUCGUGGAAGCGCAAGAUGGAGAAGAGAAAGAGACGGGGGGACCCGGAGGAGGUGACAGGGUGGAGGAGGCCUGGGCCGGAGUGGCAUUAACUCUCCCAGUUAGAAGAGAAGAUAAAAAAUUGAUUCAUGAAGAAUCUGCUCAACAAGAAGUGUAUAUUAAGCCACUGGUUGAAUUUCCAUCAAAAAGAGAUUAAGCGUGAGAAUGGAGAGGAAGGUUGACUCCAGUGUAAGGUCUUUUAGAGAUGGUGCAGUUAAGAAACUUUAUUCUCCAAAGAUACUGUCCAACAAGAGGUCUUCUGCCUUCUCUGGGAUCCGGAGUGAGAUGCCUCGUUCCUGUCGUCUGGUGCAGCGUCAUGCUCGGACCCAGAGGGGUCGGUUAAGAGAAUUACGCAUCAGAUGUGUGACCAGGAAGUUUUUGUAUUUGUGGAUUCGAAAAACUUUUGGAAGAGUAUUUCCCUCUAAAGCCAGGUUCCACUACAGGCAAAGAAUACUCCGGAAGGCCUUCGAAGAGUGGAAAGAGGAGUGGUGGGUGUGCCAUCGCGAGUGGAAACUCUGUGUUCGAGCCGACUGUCACUACAGGUACUACUUGUACAACCUGGCGUUCCAGACCUGGAAGGCCUACGUGCGUCAGCAGCAGGCUGUGAAGAACAAGUACCUGAGAGCUGCGGAUUAUGAUGCAAAGCAACAGAUGCGGAGGGCCUGGAAGUCCUGGCUGAUCUACGUUGUUUUUCGAAGGACCAAAUGUCAGAUGCAGACCACCGCCCUGGAGUUUAGGCAGCGGAGGAUUUUGUGGGCGUGUUGCAGCGAGUGGAGGCGGCGACUGGAACAGCUCCGUGCGGGACGCGCUCUCUACGCCUCCGCUGUGAAGCACCGGGCCCAGAGCCUCCAGCGGCAGGCUUGGUCGCGGUGGCAGGAGCAGCUCCGGCAUGUCCAGAGGGAGACACAGAAGGUGGUCUCUGCAGUGAAGCACCAUCAGCACUGGCAAAAGUUGAGAUCCCUGAAGGCCUGGCUUGAAUUCCUGCGGGUCCGGAGGGCAAAGAGACAGCGGAAAGAGCUGGCUGAGCGAUUCCACCAAGUCACUGUUCUUCAGACACACUUCUGUGACUGGCAGUGGGCCUGGCGGCAGAGGGAGAGUUUGCAUGCUCACCACGCGCGGGUGGAGGCGCUGGCCGGAAGGAUGGUGCUGCGUCGGGCCUUCACUCACUGGAAGCACUACAUGCUGCUGUGUGCAGAAGCGGCUGCCCGGUGGGCGAUGGCAGAGGAGCACUGCAGGCGCCGCUUGCUGCACUUUUGCUUCGGAGCCCUAAAAGACAAUGUGACCCGUGCCCACCUGCAGCGAAUACGAAGGAAUCUCGCUCACCAGCAGCAUGAUGUCAUGCUGCUGCGCAGGUUCUGGAACCUCUGGCAGUCUCAGAUUGAGCAGAGGGAGGAAAGAAAGCAGCUGCCCUUCCUGCAUGCCGCCCGGGACCACUACAGAAGGAUGUUGCUGCGCAGGUGUCUCCGGUGGUGGUUACAACACACUCAGAAGAGGCAAUACAAGCAGCUGCUACAGGCCCGAGCUGAUAGUCACUUCCAGCAGAGGGCCCUGCCCGCGGCCUUCCAGGCAUGGAGAAGACUCUGGCGCUGGCACCAGCAAGAAAGUGUCCUUAACGCGAGAGCAGCGCGCUUUCACAGGGAGACAUUAGAGAAGCAAGUAUUUGCGAUUUGGUGGCAGAAGAUGUUUCGGCAUCAAGAAAACCGCUUGGCAGAGAGAAUAGCCAUCCUUCACGCCGAACGGCAGCUUCUGCGGAGGUCCUGGUUCACGUGGUGGCAGCAGGCGGCAGCACAUCGACAGGAGCGGCAGCGGCAAGCAGUGGCCUGGGCCCACCACCGCCAGGGGAGGCUCCGGAAGGCCUUCUCCACGUGGAGGGAGAGAGCCCGAGGGCUCAGAUCAGAGAAGAAGGGCGUGGUUCUGGCUGCAGACUUCCGCUCGGCACGGCUCCUGCGCUGGGCCUGGAACAGGUGGAUGGAGUGCCUGGCCCUGCGGGGCGCUGAGCAGCAGAAGCUGAUGCGAGCAGACCUGCAUCACCAGCACACCUUGCAGCACAGGGCGCUGCAGACCUGGGGGACUUACCAGAGCCGGGUGCGGAGCAUCCUACAAGAGGUGGCGGCCAGGGAGAGCCGGCACAAGAGGCAGCUGCUGCGGGAUGUGUUCCAUCGAUGGAGAGAGAACACUGCAGCCCGUGUGGAUGAAGCUAAGAAAACCUGUCGAGCCAGAGCUCACUACAGGAGGACCCUGUGUUUCAAGGUCUUGAUCCAGUGGCGGGAGGCCGCGUCAGUGCAGAUAUACUACCGGCAGCAGGAGCACUGCGCCAUCGGGGAGGCUCAGAAGGUGCUGGACAGGGGCCGUCUCAGGACCUGGUUUCGGUGCUGGCGAGAUCGAGGCCGGAGGGCAGCCCAGCAGCGAGCCCAGCUGGAGAGAGCAGCGCAGCAUUACCGUCGGCAGCUGCUGCUGCGGGGCCUGGCCUGCUGGAGGUUGCACCAUCUGGGCUGUGUCAGGAAGAAGCUCCUGCAAAGGCAGGGGGCCCAACUCCUGGCGCAGACACUCAGCCGGUCCUGCUUCUGCCAGUGGAGACAGCAGCUGGCGAACAGGAGGCAGGAGCAGCAGAGCACAGCACGAGCCCUAUGGUUCUGGGCCUUCUCACUGCAGGCAAAGGUGUGGGCUGCGUGGUGGGGUUUUGUGCUGGAAAGGAGGAGGAAGAAGGCGAGGCUGGAGCGGGCAGUGCAGGCCUACCACCAGCAGCUCCUCCAGGAGGGCGUCACUUGCCUCCUGCGGUUCGCCGCCGGCGUGAAGACGCUCCGGCAGCAGCUGCAUGCCCGGCAGCAGGUGCAGGCGGCCCACAGCCUCCACCGGGCAGUUCACCGCUGUGCCAUGCUGUGGAAACAGAAGGUGCUGGGCCCAGGCAGGGCGCCUCAGCCCCCCACAUCCACCGUGUCCAGCAGGAGGGUGACAUUCAAGGGUCCCCUUCCCAACCACAUCGCAACUGGUGCUGGGGAUGCCGCCCUGGAGACUGAGAGGCCACAAGCUGCUCACAAGCUGCAGAGAGCUCUGGGUGGCCUGGCCCUAGAUGCCGGGGAGCCCCAACUCCCGGAGCUAGGUCUCAGGCCCCCUGCAGCCCCUGGGCAGCCUGGAAGGAAUAGGCCCAUGUUUCUUCCCAGCAAUGCUGUCCGCUCGGCAAGGAAGCAGCCACGACGCCCAAACUUCUUGCUGGAUCCCCUGCAGAGCCAGAGGCCCCUGGCGUACGGCACCCUUGGGGGGCAGGGGCCCGAGGCGCCGAGGGGGCAAGGCCUAGGCAUGGCCCAGCCAGCAGCCCCGUCCCUGACGAGGCCCUUGCUGGAAAAGGCCCAGACAGUACUGGUCCCGAGCAGCUCCCUGCCUCAGCCUGGACCCCUGCCAGGCGGCCCUGGCCUGAAGCUGUCCCCCAUGGUGAACACAGGCCCGGAGCUGCUGCCCCCGUCCUCCUUCAUGUCUCGUGGGGUGGAGGCACCCGCUAGGACAUCAGUGUGGCUGACCUCCCCUGGCUGUGUGCCCCAGGCCUCUGUAGGGCCAGCCAGUGUCCCUGAGCCCCGUCUACUCCUUCCUGGGGACCUCACAGGCACCGGGCCUGGCUCUGAAACUGCAGGUGUGCGCCUGAGGUCUGUCAGCACAGCAAGCACCUGGGCCACUCCCAGCACCUGGACUCCCUCCAUUCCACCUGGACCCAGCCAGGAGGGUGGUCAAGAUCAAGCCUGCUUUCCUGCUACUAUGGGCCAUACUGGCCUGGAGGCUGAACUUGAGGACAUCCAGCGGCAAUUGCAGGACUACCAGAGCAUGAAGCAGAACCUCAGGUCCUACCAGCGGCAAGCGAGCAGCCUGCGCCGGUGGCUGGAGCUGAGCCGGGAGGAGCCUAGGCCUGAUGACCAGGAAGCAGAGCAGCAGGUGCAGGAAGAACUGGAGGAGGUGGAACUGCAGAUCCGACAGUUGGCUGCAGAGCUCCGGGCUCAGCGACAGCCCGUCAACGCCUGCAUCGCCCGAGUGCAGGCACUGCGGCGGGCUCUGUGCUAGACCAGAGCCGCAG